UGAUUUGAAACACUCAACAUGGACUUUUCACGUCUACACACGUACACUCCUCCCCAGUGUCUGCCAGAGAACACUGGCUAUACAUAUGCACUCAGUUCCAGUUAUUCUUCAUCUGCUUUGGAUUUUGAGACUGAAAACAAAAUAGAUGCAGUAUUUGAUUCACCGAGAAUGUCACGACGUAGUUUACGGUUAGGUGCUGCAGCAAUUAAUAAAUCAGAUGCUGCACUAAAUGAUCCCCUUGAUGAUGGCUCUUACUCCAGAAGCAUGUCCUUCAGAGAACAGUCUUCUAAGGUGGUGAAGCAGCGCAAAAGUACGAAUAAACAGUCUGGCAGUGCAAGAAGCACACCAAGGAAAAAUCUAUCCAGUUCUGCCAUUCUCAGCUCAGGCAGUUUCAAUAGCCACGCCAGUGAUGCAUCGAUGGUAUCCACUGUACUGGAUGAAUCUUUGAUUCGAGAGAAGACAGAAAUCGAUAAUUUUUGGGGUCUUGAUGAUGAAGACGACCCUGAAGGUCGUGGUACUACACUGGUGGAGGGAAAUGGCAAUAUAACAGCAGCAGGAACUCAGGCUACAACCAUCAAUGGCUACACUUGCAGUGACUGCAGCAUGCUUUCAGAACGGAGGGAGGUUCUUACAGCGUACUCCGCUUCUCACGUGCCGUCGUCCAGAAUUUACUCCAGGGACAGGAGCCAAAAACAGGCGUUUAGAGGAAUGUAUUUCUACAUGAGUAAGAUUCUGCGAUUGGUCAAACAUGCUGCAGCAUCUUUUGCAUCGCUGUUAGUGCAACUGUUUCAAAUGGUUUUGCCGAAGCUGGGUUAUGAAUUUAAAGCUCACUCAGACUACUGUGGAAGUAUGAAUGUAAAGGAGUUUUACAGAGAAAAUAGCCAUCUUGGUGUAAAUGAGGAAUCAAUAUGUGAUGACUGUAAGGGGAAGAAACAUCUUGAGAUACACACCACAGACCACAUGCAGUCCUCAUGGGCUAAAAGGGUAGCAAGGACCAUUUGGCACACCUUUUCUUAUGCAGGUUACUUUAUGCUUCACGUGUUGCGAACAGUGGGAGCAACGGGAUGGCUUGUGUCUCAGAAGGUGUUGUCUCUACUUUGGCUGGCCAUUCUUUCUCCAGGGAGGGCAGCUUCUGGCAUGUCCCGCUUGCUUAGAACUGGAUGGUAUCAACUUGUUACUCUGAUGUCUCUGCUCAAGGUGUUUCUUCUUAGAAGAUGCCUUCCAAAGACUUAUAAGCUGUUACUGUUUCUUAUCCCACUCCUGUUUCUACUAGGUAUAUGGUUCUGGGGGUUUGAUGGCUUAAUUUCAUCAUUGCCUUCACUGAACUGGACAAGAAUUGAUAGAAUACAGAAAACAGAUGACUUCGUCAGUGUUCCUGAACCACAGGCUGAUUCAUUUCACUCUGUGCAACCUCCAAAGGAUACCAUGAAUGUCUUUGAUUCCGGUCGUAUAAGUGAGCUGGAAAAGCAAAUGGCCUUCCUGUCAGACAGAUGGCGUCACCAUAGUGAAGACUAUAGCAAAGUGAUGCUUCUACUCCGUAAUCUUCAAGAUGAGGUUGCCCAGAUGAGCGACAAAAGUGAAAUAUUAAAGCUAAUAAAAAAUGUGAUAGGACAACAUAUUAAAGAAAUGGAACUGGAGGAAAAGACUGACUUCCUGGCUAAGCAUCAACAACAUGAGUUGCGCAUUCUGACUCUUGAAGAUGUUCUUGGAAAGCUGUCUGCUGAAUCCAAGGACAUGCAGAAGGAUCUUGACAUAGCCAAAGCAAAAACAGUGAGAGAUGAUGAUGAACAUGGACAACUCUUGACCAAGAUUAAAAAGCUAGAACUGGCAUUGUCUCAGAUGAAGUCGGAGCUGUUAACUGUGGAAAGCGUGAAGAAGAGUUACGAGAAAAUGGAUGACAUUCAUGAAAAAGUACAUGCCCAGGUCAAAGAAUCUGUCAAGCUACUGCUCUUUGGUGGUCAACAAGACAGCUUUACUGAAUCGCUUCUCCAGUGGCUUACAUCCAAUUUUGUAAGCAGAAGUGAUCUGCAGACUUUGUUGCGGAAUCUAGAGUUGCAGAUCCUCAAGAAUAUUACACUCCAUAUGUCUGUUACCAACAAAAAGCUAACACCUGAAGUAGUAACAAAUGCUGUGACUAAUGCAGGGAUUUCUGGAAUCACAGAAGCGCAAGCACAGAUUAUUGUAAACAAUGCCCUGAAACUCUACUCUCAAGACAAGACUGGUAUGGUAGAUUUCGCCUUGGAAUCUGGAGGUGGCAGUAUUCUGAGUACUCGCUGUUCUGAAAGCUAUGAGACCAAAACAGCAUUAAUUAGCCUCUUCGGAAUUCCUCUGUGGUACUUCUCUCAGUCUCCCCGAGUGGUGAUUCAGCCUGAUGUGUAUCCAGGAAACUGCUGGGCUUUCAAAGGAUCACAGGGGUAUCUUGUGGUCAGACUUUCGAUGAAGAUCUAUCCAACUGCCUUUGUAAUGGAACACAUACCAAAAACACUGUCACCAAAAGGAAGUAUCACCAGUGCUCCUAGGACCUUUUCAGUAUAUGGUCUAGAUAAUGAAUAUCAAGAAGAAGGCAAGCUUCUAGGACAGUAUGUCUAUGAUGAAGGAGGAGAACCACUGCAGAUGUUUCCAGUGAUGGAGAUGAGUGAAGAUGCAUUCCAAAUAGUGGAGCUGAGAAUUUUUUCGAACUGGGGACAUGCGGAGUACACUUGCCUUUAUCGGUUCAGAGUGCACGGGAAACCUGCAGAGUAA